AUGGCUGCCGUGGAGAAAGACGAUCUCAAGGCCGAGAAACUCGAGGCGCAAAUCAAGUCAGUCGACAUGAGCGAGGACAUGCAGCAGGAAGCCGUUGAAGUUGCACGAGAAUCAAUGGAGCAGUUCACAGUUGAGAAGGAAAUCGCCCAUUACAUCAAGAAAACCUUCGACGAGCGCAAAGGCGCGACCUGGCACUGCAUCGUCGGCCGAAACUUUGGCAGCUUCGUCACGCACGAGACGAAGCACUUCAUCUACUUCUAUCUCGGCCACUGCGCAAUUCUGCUGUUCAAGACUCAGUAG